AUGCAUAGAAAUUUGAGAUUGUACAGACAUUCAUCAUGUUCAACAGAUUGUUCAUCAUUCCUUAAUGCAAAUCUAAGUUAAGAAUAGAUUAAAUUGCCAAAUAUAAAACAAUAAGAAAAACCAUCCUUAAUAGGAGCAUUGCAAUACGGUUAAUUGUAAUUGAGAGUCCUUAGAAGAAAUGUUGAGGAAACAUAAAAUAAAAAAUAAUAAUAUUACUUUCAUGAAAGAAGAGAAAAGAAAUACAAAAAGAUAUUGCCAAAAGUAUAAGUACCCAAAAAUAAUUCAGUUGCGCUUUAAACCACCGGUUUUAGUCCAUGGAUACAAGAGUGA